AAAUAACACUAAGGAAAAAGACCGAAGAGCAAAUUCGUGCACAACUUGAUAAACAGACUCAGCAGAUAGAAGAAUUAAAGAAAGAAAAAGCUGAAAUGGAACAACUGAUUAAAGAUUCUCGAUUUACAAAACAACAAUUGCAAGAAAUGCAACAUAGUUUAAGCGUAAUGAACGUACAAAAAGAAUUAAAUAUUAAGGAAAUCGAAGGAUUAGCUAAAGAAAAGCAAGCUGGUCUUGCCGGUACAAGUGAUCUUCCAACUUCUCUUGCCAGACAUAUUUCAACUCAUCUUGACGAAGUCAAACAGAAUUAUUUAUCGGAGAUUAGAUCUUUGCAAACUGAGCGAGAUUUAUUAAAGGAUGAGACCGAAAAUCUUCGAUAUAAACGAGACCAGUUUAUCGAAGAAGCACAAAAACUAAAUGAAAAGAACCUAGAAUUAGCCGAAAUGAACAAUGACUUAUUAAAACAAAUUGAAUUACAUAACAAAGGAAAAAAUCAUAAUGCAUUCAACUUCUUCAAAAGUAGUAAAUUACCACAUGGUCAUCAUCAUACAGAUUCUGUUUCUACUCAUAGCAAAAUUUCUGGACAUGGUAAAUCGCCUUCAGUAUAUAAUUUUGAAACUGAUGCUCCAGAGGGUGCAUCAAUUGAUUCUUUACAGAAAGUUCGCGGUGUUACACCCAAAAAGUUUAAGUGGAAAAACGGCGGCAAAGUUUUAAAUAAACUAUUGGCAAAUGCAAAUGUAGUAGUUAACGAUGUUAAACCAUAUAUGAUGGGAACUUCAUCGUCUAAUAUUAGCUUGCCCGCGGUAUCAAAUGAAACUCGAGAUGAGGCAAAGAGGAGAAUGAUGAGCCAAAUGCUAGAUUAUACAAUGAAUCGUCCUCAUAAUUGGCAACAAUUUAAUUUAGCGAGUCCUGUAAAAUGUGAUUAUUGUCAUGAAAAAAUGUGGGGUGUUGCAGAAUUAAAGUGUUCAGGAUGCUCAUUUGCUGUUCAUGUAAAAUGUUCAUAUCAUGUUACAUCAAAUUGUACUAUUACUUCCAGAGCGAUCCAUUUGGAAAAUGAUCCAGAUAGUGAUGUUAAUGGCACUUUUAUAUUUGGUAAUGACUUAACUAAACAGUCAGAAUUGGAUGGAAAUGAUAUACCAAAUGUUGUACAAAAGUGUGUUAAAGCUGUCGAAAUUAGAGGAAUGGACCUUGAAGGCAUUUAUCGAAAAAACGGUGGCGCCUUACAAAUGCGUGCUAUUAUAUCAGCUUUUGAGAAGGGUGAAGAAAUUGAUUUGGAUGAUCCAGACCAAUUUAAUGACAUAAGCGCGGUAACCAGUGUUUUCAAACAAUAUUUACGAGAUCUACCAAAUCCCUUGUUUACCUAUGAGUUAUACCCAAAUUUCUUGGAAUUAGUUCCCAUGCCUAAUGGUGAAGAAAAAAUUGAAAAAUUUCGAGAAUUAUUAUUACAACUACCGAAGGUCAACUAUGCCACCGCAAAAUAUAUAAUUGAACAUUUAUAUCGGGUAAAACAAUUUGAAGCAAAAAAUCUUAUGACUGCCAAAAAUCUCUCUCUCGUAUUUGGACCUACAUUACUUCAAGGUCCUGAUCCAAAUUCCGAAAUUUUUGAUAUGAAUUUCAAGAAUGCGGCAGUUGAAUAUAUUAUCGAACAUUCUAACUCACUGUUCAUAAAUAAUGGAGAACGACCUGGAUUUAUAUAGAAAAAAAUUUUUUUUUUUCGGGAAAGCGGGACAUUAUCAUAAUUAAUACGAUUUAUAAUUUGGACUAUACAUUAUUUAAUCAUUUACUAGUUUUUAUAUAGCAUAGAUUUUUUUAUAAGACUUAAUUUAUUACUUUUGUGUUUGUUGUAUUUAGUGUAUUUAAUAAUCAGCGAAAUUAUAUCAUUUAU